AUAAUAAAAAUAAAAAUAAAUAAAAAGUGAGAGAGGGAGGAAGGCGCACACUUCCUCCUUCCUUCUUUCCCUCUUCGUCUUCGCUUGGCCGGUGGGUGGUGCGGUGGGGAUGCGGCGGCUAUGGCGGUGGUACCAGCAGUGCCUGGCCGCGCACCCGGUGCGCACGCAGGUCGUCAGCUCCGGCAUCCUCUGGGGCCUCGGCGACAUCGGCGCCCAGACCGUCACCUACUACUCCGCUAGCCCCGACCGUCGCGGCCACGACAGCAGCCCUCCCGACCCCGAGGAUAAAGAUAAUAAAGACAAUAAAGAGUUUAAAGUUGAUUGGAAGAGGGUGGGCAUCACAAGCUCCUUCGGAUUUGCUUUUGUUGGUCCAGUUGGGCAUUACUGGUAUGAAUACCUGGAUCGCAUCAUCCGGCGGAGGUUUCAGCCUAACACGUUCAAAUUCGUCGCCUCAAAAGUUGCCGCGGAUGGAUUCCUCUUCGGACCACUAGACCUCCUCCUGUUCUUCUCAUAUGUUGGUCUGGGUCAAGGAAGGAGCAUAGAGCAGGUGAAGGAGGACGUGAAGAGGGACUUCAUUCCGGCUCUGGUGUUAGGCGGAACCAUCUGGCCUGCUGUGCAGAUCGCGAACUUCCGCUUCGUUCCCGUGCGGUACCAGCUCCUGUAUGUGAACUUGUUCUGCCUCCUGGACAGCUGCUUCCUGUCGUGGAUUGAGCAGCAGGGUGACGCCUCCUGGAAGCGGUGGUUCACUUCGUUCCAGAAAAUCGAAGACCAGAAGGGUAAGGUUUGAUUUGAGUCAUGCAUGGUUCGUUGUCUGGAUCAGUACCUGUAAACUCCGGUUGAUCAAGGAAGAUAAUUGCGAUGCCAGCAAGGCUGAACAUUGGCGUCGCUAUAGAGAAUUCUUUUUAGUCUUUGACGGGAUGAAACGGUUGCCGAGUUGCUCUGUUAACUGAAGUGCCUGUGUUUUGCCGAUGUGUUAAACUUUCUUUUUAGUCUUUGAUCCAAGAUGCUUAAGUCAUGUCUGGGAAUGGGUGGAAUUGACGAUUGCAACGCGAGCAAAAGCUGAAUAUAUAUCCUGUUGCAGCA